UGACACUCGUCUGCGCUGCCCCUCCCGUGCCACCAACCUUCUCUCUUCCCCGCCUCCUCCUCCCGAGUUUUCCACGUAGCCUGCCGAUCCCACACCUCAUCCUUCAGGGUGGGGAUUACGAAGGGGCCUGAGCGCCUGUAUUUCCACCAAGCUCCUUGACUGGGGCUGAUUCCUGGCCUGAUGAGAGCCGUUCGCGAACAGUCAGAGGUUCGCGCCCUGUGCUCUGGACACGCGCCGUGUGGCCUGCCUCCUAGAAAGGCAAUGAGGGAAGGCGCGUGGUGUGUUACUCGGCAGAACGUUGACGCCAGCACGGAUUUAACCCCUCUCAGGCUCAUCUCAAGUGCUCUUUCUUGCUUCAUGAAAACUCCCUUCAGGAGCGUCUUCCUCUCUGAGCUCUCCAUGCACAGAAGCCUAGCCCUGGGCCAUCGUCACACAUUGCUUGAAACCUUGAUUUCCUACUUCUGCACACCAAGUGUCUAUCUCCAGAUCUGCCUGGUUCUGUCACCAAGAGGCUUGACACAGCAGGGCCACCUGGAAGAAACCACCUGGGAACAGAUGGAAAUGGAAGACAACGACCCGUUAUCCCAGCUUAUCGACGACAUGCCUUCUUUCUCAUUUCUAAGAACGGAAGAAGCCACUACCAUCUAUGACUAUGACAUGGGAUCACCCUGCAGAAAAACCGACGUGUGGCACAUGGCAUCCCAGCUCCUGCCCCCGCUCUAUGCGCUGGUGUUCAUCUUUGGUUCUGUGGGCAACAUCCUGGUCAUCCUCAUCCUGAUCACCUGCAAACGGCUGAAGAGCAUGACCGACAUCUACCUGCUCAACCUGGCCAUCUCCGACCUGCUCCUCCUCCUCACGCUCCCGUUCUGGGCUCACUAUGCUGCUGCCCACAACUGGAUCUUUGGAGGUGCGGUGUGCAAAUUGUUAGCAGGGCUCUAUCAGAUCGGCUAUUUUGGAGAGGUCUUCUUCAUCAUCCUCCUGACCAUCGAUAGGUACCUGGCCAUUGUCCAUGCCGUGUUUGCUCUGAAAGCCAGGACAGUCAGCUUCGGGAUGGUGACCAGCGGGGUCACUUGGGUGGUGGCUCUGUUUGCUUCUCUCCCUGGAAUCAUCUUCACACGACUGGAAGAGUCCAGUGGCAUUUACAGCUGCGGCCCUCAUUUUCCAACCAUAUGGAAGAAUUUCCAGACACUAAAGAUGGUCUUCUUGGGGCUGGUGUUGCCACUGCUGGUCAUGAUCAUCUGCUACUCGGGCAUCCUGCAGACCCUGCUGCGGUGCCGGAAUGAGAAGAAGAGGCACAAGGCGGUGAGACUCAUCUUCGCCAUCAUGAUCGGCUACUUCCUCUUCUGGACUCCCUACAACAUCGUGAUCCUCCUGGACACCUUUCAGAAGUUCUUUGGGCUAAGUAGCUGCAACCACACAGGCCAGAUAGACCGGGCCAUGCAGGUGACGGAGGCUCUGGCAAUGACACACUGCUGCGUGAACCCUGUCAUCUACGCCUUCGUGGGGGAGAAGUUCCGCAGGUACCUCUCGGUGUUCUUCCGAAAGCACGUGGCCAAGCGCUUCUGCAGACAGUGCCCAGUUUUCUACCGGGAGACAGUAGACCGCGUGAGCUCUACCUACACUCCAUCCACUGGGGAGCAGGAGGUCUCAGCUGGCUUCUAACUCGAGCCACAGGUGGCCUGCUAUGCUCUGGAGGAGACAGCCAUCUGUACGUGAGAACAACCCUCGAGGGUUUAUUGGUGACCAGGGAAAUGGGAUGGAGGUGCCCAGGAGCCUCAGGACUGUGCCCAGAUAGACUUGUGUCUCCAUUCAUGGAAAGGGAAUAUUCCAGAACAACCAUCGUAGAGACCUGGGCUCUCCAGCCAGCUCAUCUUGGUUUCUGAGAUACCAUGCUUCCUUGCCUUGGGCUAAUGCUUUUUCCAAACUUCACCCCCUUUGUUCUCUGAUUCUGUCCAUCUUUGAUUAGCCAAAGGGGAGUGCAGAAUGGGACAGGGCUGGGAUGGACAGAGAUGAGGGGACCCGGAGUCCAGGCUGCAUGUGGGGAGGAGGGAGAUGGACAGUGCCAGGCCUGAGUGGAGAUGGUGGUGAGCAAAGAAGUGGUCCCAGCCCUCGGCCCCACCUCCCACCUCUACCUGACUUGGAGGUCUUUGCCAAUCAUGGAACCACUGCAAAUUUAAUCAUUUUGGGGGAGUUUUGGUUGGAUCUGAUGGUCUCUUAUGUGUGAGUACAUGGCACAUUUUUGCUUUAUUAUGGUUCAUCCAUAACAACCAGGUAGCUUACCUGUGAAGGAAACUGCACCUCCCUCAGCCCCUGCAUGGUCACUGGAAGGGACACUCCAUCCCUGCGGGCCUGGGGUAUGUCCUCAGAAGCCUGAGGGCACAAGUGACAGAGGCCACUGCUUUGGAAGUCACACAUCUCACCUGCAAAGCGUGGCACCUCCAUUGCCAGGCUGGGCGAACCUAGACCAGCAAGAUUCUAGACAUGCUGGGGAGAAAGGUUUCCCAGGCAUUCUCAGGCAUUAAAAAAAAAAAAAGAAGAAA